AUCCCACGCAGGUCUGUUUUGAAGAAUUAAGAAAAAGGUUCUUAUUCUACAAACGUUGAGUGACCAUUGUACAGCUUGAAAAUGGAAGGAAACGGCACCAGAAUAGACUAUGAGGAUAUGUUUAGAGAAAUUACGAAGAAACUGUAUGGCGAUGAUCCUGAUCAUAGAACAUCGAACGUACAAAAUGAGUUCGAAGCAUCAGUUUCUUAUAAAACCGAAGAAGAUACGGGAAACGGUACCGACGGUAGUGAUGAUGGAAAUUGGACGUACGAGGACGAACCAUUGAAAGGAACCGACGGAAGUCGAAUUGCAGCUUACCACGCCGGAAAAGCCAUGUGGCGAUGUGACGAGUGUGGAGACAUCCUAACGAGUGGUCCGCGAGAAAUUUCCGAACACUUCAUGGAGCAUCAUGCGUCCAGAAUUCUAGCUGAUAGCAGGAAUAGGCAUCACUCAACACGCAAAGAUUAUUUGCAAACGGAUUUUAAAGUCGAAGACGUAGUUAUGUAUUUAGAAAGACUUCGUGAACGCGCUGAACGAGCGGCUCCUCCUACCCGAAGAACCCAAGAAACGCAAACUGUACCUGCGACUUUACUGACAACUACGUCGAGCUUUCAUUUGCAAGAACUGCCAUCUGCUCCUGCGCUACAGCAUUUACAACAGCCUCCUUUAAAAAGGCGUAAACUUUCACAGAAUACAACCACGAUGUCUACUACUGUUGCGGCCUCCACGAGUAAUAAACGUUAUAACUGUCCAUGCUGUCCUUAUGGCACGGACAGACGAGAUCUUUACACACGACAUGAGAAUAUCCAUCGCGAACAAAAACCAUUUCAUUGCUACAUGUGCUACAAACCAUUUAAUCGUGCGGAUCACGUAAAGAAGCAUUUCAUGAGAAUGCACCGCGAUCACGUGUACGAUGUAUCGAAGAUACGGAAACCAGUGGAUACAAACGCUCCCAAGUCGUUACAACAGGAUUCGACGGCAACCGUCAACGUGAGCAGUCAGCAACAACCGCAACAACAACAUAUGAGCAAUCAGUUCGGUUUCGCUAGCAAUAAGGGCUAUCAACUACAGCCGAACGCUGUCGCAUCGAGCGCCAAUACAGGCACCGGUAUCCACCAAGCGAUAAUCAUGCCUUCUCCGUCGGGUAUUGUGCAAUCCGAUAAUAAUUGCAAUACAGGAAGGCGAGUGCAAAACGGUGGGUGCAAUAGUAAAAGUCAUCUUAAGGGUGGCGCCAAAGGCUCACAGGAAAAAAGAUACAGCUGUAUGUACUGUUCAUGGACCGGAGUUGAUAACUGGUGUCUAAAACGACAUAUGAAUACUCAUACGAAACCCUUUGCUUGCACCUUGUGUGAGUACAAAGCGGCGCGCGCUGAGCGACUUUCAACACACGUUCUAAAGGUCCACAAUAGGAGACAAUGUUCGAGGUGCCCGUUUCUUGCCGAAGAUGCCAAUCAAUUGCAAAUACAUCAGGUUCAUAUUCAUCGUGCGAGUGUGCCGUCGACAUCGACUACUCAGAACGUAGUACCGCCAAGUAAUCGACAUCAGCAACCUCUACAGAUUUACAGUCCCGUGGGAGGAGGACGACCGCCACCUGGGCCACCAGUUUUUCCAGCACCGACUCCAACGAUUGCACCUGCUACUACUGUGAUACCACCAAGCACUAUACUCGGUUGGCAGCUACCAUCGACGUCAAAAGCCGCUGAUGAACUUUCGGAAUCAUCAUCUUCGCAGGAAUAUGUAAGUAUCCUAAAUGAAAAGGAAAAUCUAGGGAUUGAAAAUGGGAGCUCUCGAUGUACAACAUCAAGGCGAAAACAAAGUCGGCCCAGACAAGUUAUACGCCAACCUGAUUAUCAAAUGAGAUAUUUGAUACCCGCUUUAGGUUUGCAAAAUAUAAGACAAAAGUUCAAAAUUACUAAAAUUACUAAAAGUGUUCAAUCUCAAAAGAGAUCGACAGCACAGAGGAUGUUUAAGUGUCAUUUGUGCCCGAAAUACGCACCCGCUAGAGGAAUGAUUCAUCGGCCGUACCACACCAAAGCGUCAUUAACAUUACAUAUGUUGUGGCGACACAAACGAAGAUUAUGGCCAGUCAAAAACCUUAUGACAAGAAGACCUUGUAAAGAAGAGUCAUCAUCGACCGUUUCUUCAGUUACAGUUACGGUUUUUACUAACAAGAAUUAUAGAUAUAACAGAUAA